AUGAAGGUUGACAGAAAUCAGCUUCGCCUCGGCGGGCCUCUUCCCCUCAUCCCUCCGUCCUGCCGGCGAUGCGCUGAGCGUUAUGACGCCAAGACGUUUGACGAGCGCAUUACGUGGGGCAGGCAGAGCAGCAGCAGCAGCAGCAGCAGCCACAGCAGCCUCGUUAUGUAAUGCAUCGGAUGCUGCUGCACGGAUCAGAGUCGGAAAAGCUGACGGAUGGCUGAUUUAGUGACAAACAACGGUGCUCCGGCUCAAAACUGAGCGAUCAGGCGUCUGCUGCAAGCUGUGCCAUGCUCGUUGAAUAUCGCUGGAGCGAAGUGCAAUAGAGCCUGGCGGGGCAUCAGUGGCCUAUCCCUGAGGCGCACAGACGUCUGGAGCCUGCGGAAGCUGCACAUCUAUUUUUUUUUUUUUUUUUUUGUUUUAGCCGACCAGAGGCGCAUCUCGAUUUGAACUGAUCACCUACAUCAGUGCAAAGAAGCCAAUGCCGGUUUGUUUCGGAGAAGAAGCAGGGUCAUUUUUUCUUCUUCACUGCACUGGUUUAAUCCAACAGCCACCGAGCUGCGGUAUAAACAAUGGCGGGUCCAGAGCAGUCCCAGCAACAGCAGCAGGUAGAGGAGAAGGCAGAGCACAUAGAUGAUGCUGAGAUGGCUCUGCAAGGUAUUAACAUGCUGCUCAACAACGGAUUCAAGGAGAGCGACGAGCUUUUCAGGAGAUACAGGACUCAGAGCCCACUGAUGAGCUUUGGGGCCAGUUUUGUCAGUUUCCUGAACGCCAUGAUGACGUUUGAGGAGGAGAAGAUGCAGACGGCCUGCGAUGACCUGAGGACCACUGAGAAACUGUGCGAGAGCGACAGCGCCGGAGUGAUCGAGACAAUCAGAAACAAGAUUAAAAAGAGCAUGGACUCCCAAAGGUCAGGCGUUGUUGUCGUGGACCGCCUACAGAGACAGAUUAUUGUUGCUGACUGCCAAGUGUACCUCGCCGUGCUCUCCUUCGUCAAGCAGGAGCUCUCAGCAUAUAUCAAGGGAGGCUGGAUUCUCCGUAAGGCGUGGAAAAUGUACAACAAGUGCCACAGUGACAUCAGUCAGCUCCAGGAGACCUGUCAGCGCAGGUCCUCCGGCAACCAGGAGUCCCUCUCAACGGACAACGCCAACCACAACGCGCCGGUGGAGAACGGCGUGACGGCUGAGGCACUGGAUCGGCUCAAGGGUUCAGUCAGCUUUGGCUACGGCCUCUUCCACCUGUGCAUCUCUAUGGUGCCGCCACACCUGCUCAAGAUCAUCAACCUGCUGGGUUUCCCCGGCGACCGUCUCCAGGGCCUGUCCUCCCUCAUGUAUGCAAGUGAGAGCAAGGACAUGAAAGCACCACUAGCUACGUUGGCCCUCUUGUGGUACCACACAGUAGUGCUGCCUUUCUUUGCUCUGGAUGGCUCUGACACACACGAGGGCCUGCUGGAGGCCAAAGCUAUUCUGCAGAGAAAAUCUGUGGUUUACCCCAACUCGUCUCUCUUCAUGUUCUUUAAAGGACGGGUUCAAAGGCUAGAGUGCCAUAUCAACAGUGCUUUGGCCUGUUUCCAUGAUGCAUUAGAGCUUGCAUCAGACCAAAGAGAGAUCCAGCAUGUGUGUCUCUAUGAGAUUGGUUGGUGUAGCAUGAUAGAGAUGAAUUUUGAGGAUGCGUACAGGGCGUUUGAGAGGCUGAAGAACGAGUCGCGCUGGUCGCAGUGCUACUACGCCUACUUGACCGGAGUGUGCCAGGGGGCUUCAGGGGACCUGGAUGGAGCAAGCGGAGUUUUCAAAGAUGUUCAGAAGCUGUUCAAGAGAAAAAAUAACCAGAUCGAGCAGUUCGCCGUCAAAAGGGCCGAGAGACUGAGAAAGAGUUCACCCAGCCGAGAGCUAUGCAUCCUCGGAGUGAUCGAAGUCCUUUAUCUGUGGAAGGCGCUGCAGAACUGUUCCUCGUCUAAGCUGCAGAUAAUGAACCAGGUGUUGCAGAGGUUAGACGAAGCUUCGUGCAGAGGCCUGAAACAUCUCCUUCUUGGUGCCAUUCAUAAAUGCCAUGGAAAUAUGAGAGAUGCUGUUCAGUGUUUCCAGCUGGCUGCUAGAGAUGAAUACGGACGGCAGAUCAACUCAUAUGUUCAGCCAUAUGCUGUCUACGAGCUGGGAUGUGUGCUCCUCGCUAAACCAGAGACAGUGGGAAAGGGAAGAUCUUUGCUUCUCCAAGCAAAGGAGGAUUUUACAGGCUACGACUUUGAGAACCGGCUCCAUGUUCGCAUUCAUUCAGCCCUGGCCUCUUUGAAGGAAGUGGUGCCUCAGUGACCGCAGGAAGGAAAGCUAUGACGGCUCAAGCUUUGCACAAAGUCUUAAGCCCCUUCAUAGUAUCUGUUUAACAGACUCAUGUGUGUGUGUGUUUUUAUUCUUACAGGAUUUUGAGAAAUACAUGUUUGUCACUUUAUUAUCCAGUCAGACUGAUAAUGAAGUGUCAUCUCUGUGCAUUUUGAUAUGUAGAUGCGGGCAUGUGUUCUUGCUAGCUUAGCACACGGAUAGCAAUAGAUAAUCUGGCUACAGCUAACAGGUGCCUAAAGCCUACAAUGUUAUCAUGCUGGUACAGGUGUGUAUAGUUAGCCAGCUAGUCACCAGUAGAUCACAGAACAACCGAGCUACUUAGCAGUGGUUAGUGAAGAUAUAUUUAAACCACGGGGUUGAAUUAAUUGUAUUUCAGCUGUUUGGUUUGAUAUUAAUAUUAAACAGCACAUAUAAAUAUGACGUUUUUAAAAAUAUUUGAAGGUGCUUUCAUCUGGGGCUUUACAAUUUUGCGCUAUACUAGGUUAACACUGGCAUGGUGCAGCCAGACUCUGGUACCACUUUAUUUAGAUUUCGUUAUCAUAUUUAAAUUGAUACAGAAAAAAAUAGCUUUGCAUGCAAUUGGAUAGUCCUACAGCUGACUGGAGCCAUUUAGUUGUAAACAAAUUCAACUCUGUGACGUAUGGACUUCAUCCUGUUACACUGCUGUCCAUCACCACCUAAUGUCUGCCCAAAGGAUUUUACUGUCAUGGCAGGCCUUUGCCAGAGCAGUAUCAGAUCCCUACGGAGACCUUCCAGACCAACCCUGUGCCACAAAAAUGUGGUCUGGCUUCCUGGCUCGGCUAACACAUCCCAGGUCUAUGUCUGGACUGAAUGCACAGAGAUGAAAUUGAUACAAAUGCUCGACCCCGGGCAAAAUAACAGACAGGCAUAUUUCCUCAAAUCUCUUAACUGUUCCUUUUUAAGUGUUUUUGCUCACCCAUACAGUGUGUGUUUGCUCGCUAAUAACGAUUUCCCUUCUCAUGAACUUGUGUAUUCGGAGGAUUUUGAUGACGCCUCUCCCUUCAUUGAGCCAUUCAGCAUCCUUUUAACGGGAUUAUAUUUCCCUUAACUGUAACUUUACAAUGCAUAAGAUACAGGUCAUAGUGUUUUUUCCCAUUUAUGCCAGCUGACUCCCGUAAUGAAUCACAGUAAAUUUAAUGCCGGGUCUCUAAUUUAUACACAUAAUAACAACAACAAAAAAACAGUACAAUUUAAUAUUUGAUUUUAUAUAUUCUUACAAGAGACACUUGAGUUGGUAGUUUUGUCAUUUCGGUAAUGAAGCGGUGUUUUCAAUUUUCAAUAUCUUCUCAAAUUGCAAAUGGACGUCUAAAUAAGUGGGGUCGAUUUCGUUUACAGUUGGAAUGAACGUGCGAAGUUAUCGUCUUAUUAGCUAACACAGAGAAAGGUUAAAUAACACCACAGGUCACCUGAAGUCACAGAGUAAUAAUCACGAGGCUGGUGAGAGCUAGUUGGUCACAUUUAAGUAGUUGGACGUUGUACUUUUAUAGUGAAUGAGAUCACCACACUUCACGACGGCCUAAUGGUGUUUUUAUAUGAAGACAUCAACAGCGUUGAACUCAUUGAGCACUAUGCAUGGUAUGGCAGGGUAACGGUGGCUUUGAGACUACUGAAGUCAUGUCCAUUCCUGCAUAAAAAAUAAAUAAUACACAGUACCUUCAGUACUGUAUUGUUACCUCUGAAAAGGUGCUGCUAAAUAUCGGCCUGAUAAACAUGUAUUAAUAGUGACUUAUUUUAAUAGUGUUUAGUGAUGAAAGCUUUUCAAUUAAUCCAUAAAUAGUGGUAAGUUUAUUCAUUACAUAAAAGAUGGUGUACUUUUACAAGCAUUAUUCAUGCUGCUUUGGUUCGAGUGCUGUGAUGGCCAGUAUUAACUGAUCAAGCUGAUUCAAAAGCGGGAUCUUUUAGUGGACAUUGGAACAUUUUAACAACCUUUCUAAACGGUUUCACUCUGUACAUACGAGAUAUUCUGUGCGGGGUUAUUGCCUUUUACUAAUGAGCACUCUGAGGUUUUGUCAUCCGAGCAAUAUAUAUCGUCAAAUGAAGGGUAUCACAUGGCUUUCAACAAUGGCUGUCUGUGUUUUUCACCUCAUGUUCAAGGCGGUGGACUUAUAGAUUUUGCCCACUCAUCUGUUAAGACAAUGCAAGUCGUCCCUUGUGGCUGUGAUGGAUGUAAACUGUGGUAAAUGUUGAGGUGGCUGCUGUGCAAGCGGCGAGUUUCGGUAUAAGUAAGUGAAAUGUCAGUAAGACGUCAGCUUUCUUCUGUACCAAAUACUUCUGUCAUGGAGAGAACUUAUACCUUUUGUCAUGAGGUUUUUGUUUAGGUUACAAGUCAGGAUGAUGGUGUUCCAGUGUGUCACUGAACUCAAACAAUAAACUGUUCUCCAUUAA